GACGAAGGGAGGGACUUCCGGUUGGUGACGCAGUUGGCGAAGUGGAAGCCCCGCCGUCAAUCAAAUUAGGAAAAAAACAAAUUGGACUAAAGAGAGCGCAGGCACCGAUUAAAGUAACCAUGCUCGGAGUGUAAUUAAACGCAGAUAUCAGUCUUCUGUAAAGAACUCAAGUAAUGACCGCGCCUGAAGGGCCAGUUAAGGCGGGAGUGAUGGCGGACAGCAGCAGCGCUCAGGACGGCGGCGCCGAGCAGGACGGACAGCCCUCGUCGCUCGCCCUGCUCGCCGCCACAUGCACCGGCCUCGGCUCGCCCGCCCCCGGACCCGAGAACCGGACAAACUCUGAUAAUGCUGCUGCUGGAGGGAACGCAGACCUCUCAGUGCAGUUGACCGGGUCGUCUGAAAGGUGGGAGGCGGUGAAGGACGACUCGGGUGUCCUGCAUCUCCCCGGCACGGGUAUCGUCACGUCCAACGGACAGUAUGUUCUUCCUCUCCAGAGCCUCCAGGGUCUCCAGAACCAGCCCAUCCUACUCACGUCAGGGACCGACGCGUCCGGCGGCGCAGUGCCUAAUAUCCAAUACCAAGUCAUCCCUCAGGUGCAGACGGCCGACGGGCAGCUGGGUUACUCUGCCGUCGAUGGGGCCUCGAUGGCGCAGGACGCCGCAGGGCAGAUCCAGAUCCUCCCAGACGGCACCCAGACCAUCAGCGUCUCGGGCGCAGACGUGCUCAGCAGCACUCAGAACCUCAUGACCCAGGCUGGCCAAGUGCACCAGAUCCCGCAGGUGUCUCUGGGAAGCUCGACCUUCAGCACUCAGGGUCAGGUGGUCACUAACGUGCCUCUGGGUUUGCCUGGGAACAUUACCUUUGUGCCCAUAAACAGCUUGGAUCUGGACUCUCUGGGGCUCUCAGGAGCCCAGCCGAUAGCCACCAGCGUCACGGCUGACGGACAGCUCAUCAUGACCAAUCAGAGCGUGGAGAACUCUGAGGGCUCGGCCAAAGCAGGGGAACAGCAACAGACGCUCAACUCCAGUGCAGCCGCAGACAUGUUUGUGCCUACCACGUCCUCCUCGUCCUCGCAGCAGCACACCGGCACGAUAGACAGCAUGGGGGAGCAGGGAGACGGCUCGGGAUACCUCAGUCAGGUGUCUGGAGGACAGCAGGUCAUCCAGUUACAGCAGUUGCCCUUUCAGACCGCUGACGGUCAGGUGUCUGCUCAGGCCCAGCAGUCUCUGCAAAACGUCCAGCUCAUCAACCCAGGAACAUUCCUCAUCCAGGCCCAGACUGUCUCUCCGUCAGGACAGAUCCAGUGGCAGACCUUCCAGGUCCAAGGAGUCCAGAACCUCCAGAACCUUCAGCUGCAGACAGCUCCAGCUCAGCAGAUCACUCUUGCCCCGGUGCAGACGCUGUCUCUGGGUCAGGGAGGUACACCUGUCAGCCUGACCUCCGGACAGAUGCCUAACCUGCAGUCGGUGUCGGUGAACGCUGUGGGCCAGGCAGGCAUUCAGUUCCAGCAGUCUGAGGACACAGACAGCACUGGAGAUAUUCAGAUUAAGGAGGAGCCUGAUUCGGAGGAGUGGCCUCUGGACAGUAGCUCUACGCUGAAUGCCAAUGACCUCUCUCACCUUCGUGUUCGUUUAGUGGAGGAGGAGAUGGAGGGCAUGAACCAGGAGGGCAAACGUCUGCGCAGGGUCGCAUGCACCUGCCCCAACUGCAAAGAGGGAGGCGGGAGGGGAUCUAACAUGGGCAAGAAGAAACAGCACGUGUGCCAUAUAGCCGGCUGCGGGAAGGUGUACGGGAAGACAUCUCACUUGAGAGCUCACCUGCGUUGGCACUCGGGAGAGAGACCCUUUGUCUGCACCUGGAUGUUUUGUGGGAAGAGAUUCACACGCAGUGAUGAAUUGCAGCGACACAGGAGAACACACACUGGAGAGAAGAAGUUUGCGUGUUCAGAGUGUCCGAAGCGGUUCAUGCGCAGCGAUCACCUGGCCAAGCACAUAAAGACGCAUCAGAACAAGAAGGUAGUGGGCGGAGCCAUGGUGGCCAGCGUGGGCGGAGCUGUGUCCUCGGACAGCAUCAUCACGACGGGCGGCACCACACUCAUCCUCACCAACAUCCAGCCCGGCACCAUGCAGGGCCUGGCCACCGUCAGCGCUACCGUCAACACGUCUAGCUCACAGGACCAGCUGAGCGCGGCCGAGAUUCCUCUGCAGUUAGUCUCCGUGUCCGCCGGGGACGCGGCCGAGUGACGAACCAUGAACGCUCUGUUAGACUGCCAAGGCUCUUCCUGUAUGACAUCACAUCCUGUUCUCCCGCAACCUGAGACUUUAUACGUCAAUUCCAAGCUCACGCAUUUAACUUGCUUUUAUACAUUUACAUAUUUACCCUCCUUUACGUAAAUAUGUACAUUUACGUGAAUGCAUAUACACACACACACACACACACACACACACGUAUAUCUAUAUAUUUUACAAAUAUAGAAUUAUUGGGGGUUUUGUUCAUCUUUUAUGGGGGAAGCAUUAUUUCUUGUUUUCACAUACAACACUGAAAUGCCUUAUAUUGUAUUAUAAGCUGUCGUGUACAAAGCUUCAUGGGUGUCAAGCAUCUGUUUCCGUGUGUACUUGUUGGAACGGGAAUAAUCGUGUUGUGUGACAGACGGGUGGCUGAUGUUAAAGGAGCAGCUCAGCCAAAAGUGAAAAUCCUCACAUUAUUUAUUCCCCCUCCGCUACGGCAUUCCAAACUCAUGCGGUUUCUUUGAGGGAAAAUGGUUUUCUUUCCAUGCAACAACACUUCCAUGUCUGUCGAGCUCCAGAACGGACAUGUGACCAGAAUCAUGUUGUGUGAGAAAGCUUUUCAUCUCAUCAGCUGUAUAACUUUGUCAGACUCUGCGUUUUCUGUCGUGGGCUUUGUUUGAUGGGAAGUGAAGCAUCUGUUGUAGCGACUUUUGGGCUGAGCUAGUUCUCGUGGAGCGGGGGGAGUAAGUAAUGGCAGAAUUUCCAUUACUGCGGGUGAGCUGUUUCUCAUUUUAAUUCUAGGUCGUAAGUGAUAUUCGUGCUGUAAGUUCCCCAUAUUAGGAGGAAGAUGUAAAACUUUGGAGAGAAGCCUGCCAUUGUGCUGUUGGGAGUUAUGAAGGUGUCCAAUAGUGUCUUUACAUGUCUCCGAUGCUCCUCGUGAAAAUGCUUUUUAUUCUUUUUAUGUAGUUUUAUUUUGCGUAGGUAAACCCGGGCCUGGCAAAGGGGGAAAAUAUGAAACAAUCAUGUAAUUAAAAGCAUUUUAUGUAUAAUAAUUCUCAAGUUGAUCAGAUCUUUCAAUAUGAAUUUGUUGCGAAUGAAGUCUUUUUUUGAGCAAAGUGAUAUUUAUAUACAUUGUAACCUGGAUUUGUGAUGUCCACAACUGCUUUUCUAAGGAGAGAGAGAAAUAGAAGAAGAAGAAAAAACUCCCUUUGGCUUUACUUUUUUAAAGAACUGGACUGUAAUCAGCAUCAAGAAUCAUUUGUAUGAAAUGAAGCGGUUUGUAGUUUGCCAAAUUUUAUAAAUGGAUAGAAAAACUAUUUGAUUUAUGUCUGAUGGUUUGCAGGAUUAACAUCUGUUGUGUGCGUUUCAGGACCAAACGAGCAGCUCCGAGUGUCUGGCGUCAAUAUAGCAGUGUGCCGUGUCAAAAUACUUCAGUAACAUGCUUUUGGGAUGUUAAACAAGACAUCACUGUCUAACCAUGUAGGUUUUGAACUUCCUCUCCUUGGUUCUCUUACUGUACCACCUUCAUUCACAGACAGUGAUUGUCCUCAGAGGAGUUCGCUAAUGAACGUUGUGUGAGGAGUUGAAGGUUGUAUCUGAACACACUGCAGGUCAUCAGGGAGGACGCACUCGUCUGCUGUUAGUCCAUGUGCAAGUAUGUGUUGGUGUCCAUGUGGUACUGAACAGUUAUUCUCCGCUGAUCUGUGUUUGUUCUUUCAGCUAAUCAUCAUGUCUCUUUAUCUACCCAUUUGCAGUACCGUUGCCAAUUUUUGUGUUGGAGAUUUUAUACCUCCAGUAGCCAAGUUUGUAACGAUCAGAGUCGGAUUGAAAAGGUCCAGCGGGGUUAAUGGCAGAUAAUGAAACACUAUUUUGGUUUCUGAUUUGAUCAGGGGUGUUCUGUCACAGGGAUCCAGAAUUAUUAUUAUUAUUAUUAUUUGGUCUAUUUCUAGUUUGUGAAGUCUUAUUAGAUUUUGUUUCAUUAUAAAUAGCAUCUUAUCUUUUAUAUUUUUAUUUGGUCAUUUUUCCGAGAGCGCUUCAGCCUAUUGUACAAUGCCCGCUUUUGAGGGCAGCUGUUUAUUUCACACUAAAAUGACUAAAUAUAA